AUGCUGGCCGUUUCUGUCCUGGCCAUGCUUGGAUCGUCACCUGCAUUGAUUGAUGGGGCGCGCGAUCUCACCCGUUCUGACCAUCCAGGAAAGGACUUGUCUGAAAUCCAGCUCAGUCGUGAGGAGUUCGUAUACAACCCUCAGGUUGACGUAGGGGAUUUGGCUGCCGCACAAUCCAAUGGCGAAGUGUCAAUGGCCCGUCGCGAGGUUGAAGGCGGCAACGAUGAUGACGACGACAAAUACGGAGCUGGCGACGACAAUGAUGACGAUGAUGACGAGAAAGAGUAUGCUAUGGGUGCUCAAGGGGUAAGUACCCGACUCGAGAUACAUGGGACAAUGACCGCAAUAGAUGCCAGCGCUGCCGACACUAUUGCCGAGAGCGAUGCAGCUCCCGUCGUUGUCUCCGCCGCUGCAUGCACCGCAAUUGCUACCGCUGCACCCGCUCUUAAGAGUCCGGGGCUUCUGCCUCCUACUGUUGAUAGCUGA